GUUGCGGGAGCAGUAUAAUGUUUUCAAUCAAUAUGAGCAUCCAAGGCAUCGCCAUGCUAUCCCUGUGCUUGUUGCUGACGGUGAGGACUGGGCUCGCGGCAGAAGGAACGUUUGUGAUAGGCAUGAUGUCUCCUGUCGUCCCUACAGGAUGGGGCGGCUUCGUCCCCUCCAACUUCCAGCGAGCAGCCACGGCCUUGAUCAUGGCGGUCCACCAUGUGAACGAGCGCAAUGAUGCAAUCGUCAAGAACGCCAAGAGCUUGCUGCCUGCCAACUUCAAGCUGCACUACAAGUUUGCCGACACCCACUUCACAACGCCUGGUGCCGUUCAGGACCUGCUGCGCUGGCGGAGCGAGGAGGGGUAUUCCGGGUACACGCUGAGCUCGUGCAGUGUGAACAACGCAAGCACGUCGAGCAUGGUGCUGCAGAAGUAUGAAGCAGCUCCGAGUGAGAAGACAGCCGCCAUUAUCGGCCCGAUGCGAAGCGAAGGGUCGCAGACGAUCGCGGUGCUGGCUGGGCUGGCCAACACUCCCACGCUGAGCUUCGGAGCCACUUCGACCACGCUGAGCGACAAGAUCAGGUU